AUGACUCUGCUCCGCGAACUGUAUUUUCAAGUCUCGGCUGAGCUGGAGUCCAAAUGGAGCCAGGAAAAACAGGGUUCAGUCCUCAUUGGGGCCAUUCCGCAGGAUCCUUUUCCUCUGGCUAAGUAUCAUCCUCCUGCCGUUGAAGCUAACCGGCUCAUCACCAUCUUUUUCGAGAAUGUCAAUCCAUUCGUACGUCUUCUCAAUGCGAAUGCCUUCCAUAGCGAUAUGCAUAGAUACCGCACGGGCAAGCAUCCUCAACAAGAACUCAUCGACUCACUGCUUUUCUCUAUCUACGGGCUUGCUGUUAUGUCCCUUGAGUCCGAAAAUGUCAUUGAUAUGCUCGGUCCCCCUAAAGGAUGGUUGCUGGACAAGUACCAAGAAGCCCAGGAGGUUGCCCUUCACAGACUCAAUUUUGUGCACAGUAGCGAGCCUGCUGUCUUUCAGAAUUUCCUUUACUACCUAGUCUUUCUCUUUGAACGAGGGUCCUAUCGAACAGCAACCGUGCUGUUGGGUCUGGCCGUUCGCAUCGCCCAACGGAUAGGACUCCACAAAGAUCCCUCUUGGUUUAGUUAUUCACCGUGGAUGGCUGAAUGGCGACGGCGACUGUGGAAUCAGCUGAUUUUACUUGAACAAAGGGCCCUUGCAUUUGACGGCACGCAGUCCUUACUCAAUUUCCCUUGGGACACUCAGCUCCCGCUGAAUGCAGAUGAUGGUGCAUGGAAUACAAGUCUAUUCAUGAAGCCCAGCGAGAUCCCCCACCCGACCGAUGACUUCACGGAUAUGACUCCCAUUCUUGUCAAGCGCCACAUGCUUUCCAUUCUCUGUCCGCUCCGGCAGAACCUGAGGACACGUCCGUACGCACAGCAAAUACAACAUAUAGAAGCCGGCUUCAAAAAAGCAACUCAGUUUUUCCAAUCCGUGAGAAUUGAGAAACAAAGCUCCGCAAGUUUCAUCCAGGCCUUCAACGAGUUUGAGUUCGCAAACCUGCGUCUCAUGGCUGGGGCAGGCAGUUGUUCGGUCGGGAAGUGCGAGCCCAGAGUUUCUGAGCCAGUGAGUCUACCUAAUGGUCUGAGUGAGUGUCGGGUUCGAGACCGGGCUUCCCUGCUGACUUGUACAAAAAGGCUGUAUCUUGAUUCUCUUGAGCUUCUGGAGGGGAUUGCUUCUGUGAGGAAUUCGGUCGCGAAUCCUGGAUGGAGGUGGUACCUCCGGACGUCCCCACCUGUACUUCCCCUCGCGAUUGCCUUGACACACCAGUGCUCCGAGCCGACAAACCCCCAUUCGAAGAGAGCGUGGAUGCAGAUCAACAACUUAUUUGACGAGUAUCGAAAGGAAAAUGGAACCAUACAGUCAGCAUCCAUGGCCGCUCUGCAGUGCUUAAGAGAAGUUGCCCAGUUGUCAUUAGGCUCUCCUGAGGAUGGGCCCGCAUUCAUUCAUGGAGACAAUCAAUCUCUCUUCCAAAGUCCAGCGAAUUUUGAUAACGAUUAUUUGGUCCAGCCUUCCGCAGAUCUUUUGAGCGAUGUGUGGUCCAGUUCGCUGUCAGGGGAGUGA